AUGGAGAUCAAGGAUAUGAAGGAACUCAAAUGGCCUGUUAGAAUGAGAUCACCACCCGAAUCCAGGGACAUGAACACGUACUGUGAAUUUCAUCGGGAUCAUGGGCAUACCACGGAAAACUUCGGUAACGACAAACGCCCGAGGAACGAUCGUGGUAGGGAAAGAGCCCCUGAAGCAAAGAGGGAUGGUCAACCCACUGCUGGAACUAUCAAUAUCAUCAUUGGGGGUAUUGCCUCGGGAGGAGACUCGAACAGUGGAAGAAAACAAUAUGCCCGACAAUAUGCCUUGGCCUUUGGGAUGCCUCAUGGAAAGCUGGAGGAUAUUACUUUUGGAACCAGGGACUUGGAAGGUGUAUCACUUCUACAUGAUGACGCCUUGGUCAUCUCAGCGAUUGUGGCCAAUUUUGAAGUAAAGAGAAUCUUGGUUGACAACGGGAGUGCGGCCAAUAUACUUUCACAAGAGGCUUUUGCCAAUAUGGGAAUCUCAUCUCAGCAGCUCAAAGCGGUUAAAACUCCUCUCCAGGGAUUUGGAGGAGGAGUUAUCACUCUAGAGGGUGUCGUCGAGCUUCCUCUAACUUUGGGUUCUGACCAGAAACAGAUUACAGAGAUGACAACCUUUCAAGUGGUACGUGUCUCAAUGGCCUAUAACGCUAUUCUGGGAAGACCACUCCUGAAUAAGAUCAAAGCCAUUGUGUCUACCUUCCACCUAGCCAUGAAGUUUCCAACAAGUAAUGGCGUUGGGAUCGUGCGUGGAGACCAAACAGCUGCCAGAUAA